UUCCCUUGUUCCUCGCCGGGACCGGGGAGGAGGGGGGAGCCUUCCCCGGCCCCGAACAAGCCUGGGGCGGACUAUAAAAUCCAGCUUGAGAAAGCAGAGUCCAGCGGUGGGUCUGUGCCCUGCUGUCCCGGUCCGCUGGGGGGCGGGGGGAGCGGGCAGCCCGGGUCCGAGCAUCAUGGGCUUCUUCCAGCGCUGCGUGGCCAGGAGCCUCCUGCAGGGCCAGCGGAGUCUGUGCGGCUCCACGCCGGGCUCGGAGCGCCUUAAGCCGGAGGCGGCGGCGCCAGCAGCCCGCUCCCUGGGGCCUGGCUCCAGGCGCCCCUACAGCGCCGGGAUCCCUGGGAUCCAGGAGCGGACACUGGUGGCGGUGAAGCCGGACGGAGUGCAGAGGAGGCUGGUCGGUGACGUGAUCAAGCGCUUUGAGAGGCGCGGAUUCAAGCUAGUUGGCAUGAAGCUGCUCCAGGCCAAUGAGGGGAUCUUGGCAGAACAUUACCAUGAGCUGCGGAGGAAGCCCUUCUACCCAGCACUGAUCCAUUACAUGACCUCAGGCCCAGUGGUUGCCAUGGUGUGGGAAGGUUACAAUGUGGUCAGGACUUCCAGGGCCAUGGUAGGAGAUACCGACUCCGCUGAAGCCAAGCCUGGGACGAUCCGGGGAGAUUUCAGCAUCCAUGUCAGCAGGAACAUCGUUCACGCCAGUGACUCAGUGGAGACGGCCCAGAGGGAGAUCAGUUUGUGGUUUCACAGCAGCGAGUUGGUGGACUGGGACUGCUGUGACUACAGUAACACUUACCAGCUCUGAAGGCCUCUCCUGUCCACAUUGCCUGGCCCAGAAUCUACUACCUCUGACAGCGUUGCCUUUCUGUAGCUCCUCGGGGCCCAGCGAGCAUGCCGCAGGUCCUGAUGCUGCAGGGUGGAGGCCACACUUCCUUCGCGUUGACUGUACUAGAGGCUGCACCUCCCUUCACCCUGCUGACUACCAGAUGUGGCAGACUUGCUCCUCUUGUCACCCUAGUGCCAAUAAGCCCUUGGAGAUCUGAUGUGCAUGAAGGAAGAACGAUGGGGUUAAGUCCUUGAAGGAUUCACAUUAAAACCUAAUUUGUUACAAAUGUGA